AUGGAUCCUCGCCAAGCCUGGAAGGAAUACCUGAGGGAGCUGUGUUUCUCGUCCAACGACUCGUCCGAUGAGGAAGAUGAUUUGUUCAUGGAGGGUAUGAGAGCCUGGCAAGCCGACCUGGAGGAAUCGGAGAGGCGACCAUGGGGCGGCUCAGUGCGAGGUCGGAAGCGCAUCAACCGUUACCGGCUGGAGGGCCAUAUGAGGUUGUUCAACGACUACUUUGCGGAUCCCCCCAUGUACCUCGACUACAUAUUCUGGCGCAGGUUCCGGAUGAAACGCGACAUCUUCCUGAAGAUUGUUGCGGCGGCAGAAGAGAAGGACCCCUGGUUUCAGCAGAGGAGAAACGCAGCUGGCGAGCUUGGGCUACCCGCAUUGCAAAAAGUGACUGCGGCAUUUCGUAUGCUAGCCUACGAUGCACCGGCCGAUUCUCUAGAUGAGUGCCUUCGUCUAGGGGAGAGCACCAUCAUUGAGAGCAUGCGUCGUUUCGUCCAUGCUGUCGUUGAGGCAUUUGGCGAUGAGUACAUUUGA